UUGUAAGGAUACAGCAUGUAAUAUAUAUAACAUACAAAAUAUGCUAAUCAACUGUCAUUGGCCAGGCACAGUGGCUGAUGCCUGUAAUCCCAGCACUUCGGAAGGCCAGAGUGGGUGGAUCACUUGAGGCCAGGAGUUCGAGAACACCCUGGCCAACAUGUUGAAACCCCAUCUGUACUAAAAAUACAAAAAUUAGCCUGGCAUGGUGGCGGGUGCCUGUGGUCUCAGCUACUUGGGAGGUUGAGGCAGGAGAAUCACUUGAACCCAGGAGGCAGAGGUUACAGUGAACCGAGAUCACAUCACUGCACUACAGCCUGGGCAACAGAGCGAGAUUCCAUCUCAAAACAAAAACGAAAAACAAACAAACAAACAAAAUGCUAAUCAACUGUCAUUGGUAAGGCUUCUGGUCAACAGUAUGCUGUCAAUAGUUAAGUUUUUGGGCUGGGCGCAGUGGCUCACGCCUGUAAUCCCAGCACUUUGGGAAGCCAAAGCGGGUAGAUCACCUGAGGUCAGGAGUCGAGACUAGCCUGGCCAACAUGGCGAAACCCCGUCUCUACUAAAAAUAUAAAAAUUAGCCAGGCGUGGUGGUGGGCACCUGUAAUCCCAGCUACUCAGGAAGCUGAGGCACAACUGCUUGAACUGGGAAGUGGAGGUUGCAGUGAGCCGAGAUCGUGCCAUUGCAUUCCAGCCUGGGCGACAAGAGCAAAACUCCAUCUCAAAAAAAAAAAAAAAAAAAAAAAAAAGUUGUUUUUGGGGAGUCAAAAAUGAGGCCAGGCGCAGUGGCUCAUGCCUGUAAUCACAGCACUUUGGGAGGCCGAGGCAGGUGGAUCACCUGAGGUCAGGAGUUCGUGACCAGCUUGGCCAACCUGAUGAAACCCCAUCUCUACUAAAAAUACAAAAAUUAGCCGGGCAUGGUGGCGGGCGCCCGUAAUCCCAGCUACUUGGGCGGCUGAGGCAGGAGAAUUGCUUGAACCCGGGAGGCAGAAGUUGCAAUGAGCUGAGAUCGCGCCACUGCACUCCAGCCUUGGCGACAGAGGGAGACUCCAUGUCAAAGAAAAAAAAAAAAAGACCCCAGGAUUUUGGACUGUGCAGGGGUCGGUGCCCCAAACCCCCACGUUGUUCAAGGUCAACUGUACACUGUCAUAGUCGGGAAAACUUCAUCACUGCAGCUGCUCCUGUUUCUUGAAACCUGAAGCGGGAAACUGGAUCCUGGGACACUACUGCCCCCUAUCGCCUGUUGGUCUUCAAAGAAAUAAUCCCUUCAAUUUUGCAAGGCCUGUGGUGUCAUUCCCUUUUUACAGAUAAGGAAACCGAGGCCAGGACGUGGUGGAAAAUAAUCAAGGUCACACAGCUAUGUGCAAAAGUGGAGUAACAACCCAGGCUCCUCAUUCCCAGGUCAGUCCAGUGACCUCAAUUGACAUGAAAUGUGUGAGGUCCUUCUGUGGCCCUGUGGCAGGGCCUGAAGAGGACAGCGUAUGUAAAUCAAGUCUUUUGCCUUCACGAGUGAGGCAGAGUAGAAAAUAACAGUAAUUCACUAGGACCGAAUCUGCAUUGUAAACAGAGAGGAAGGUGCUAGUAUUUGGCAGAAGGAUGUCAAGGAACAUUUUAGAGAUAAGAGGUGACAUUUGGGUUCUGAGGGAUGAGUAGGAGUGUGCCAGGGUGCAAAGGAUGAAAAGACAGCUCUAGCAGCUGGUAAGGGCUAAGGGGCAUGGAGAAACAGCAAGACUUUGGGGAACUGGUAGAAUUCUAACUUUGGAAAAUUUGGACAAGGUAAUUUUUUGUGUGUGGUUAAGGUAUUACAUACAUACAGUAAAAUAAAAUGCAAUAGUUGCUGGGUGUGGAGGCUCAUGCCUGUUAAUCCCAGUACUUUGGAAGGCAGAGGCGGGUGGAUCAUCUGAAGGUCAGGAGUUCGAGACCAGCCUGACCAACAUGGUGAAAACCCGUCUCUACUAAAAAUACAAAAAUUACCUGGGUAUGGUGGCAGGCGCCCGUAAUCCCAGCUACUUGGGAGGCUAAGGGAGAAGAAUAGCUUGAAACCCGGAGGUGGAGGUUGCAGUGAGCUGAGAUUGCGCUAUUGCGCUCCAGCCUGGGUGACAAGAGUGAAAAGCUGUCUCAAAAUAAAAUAAAAAUGUAAUAGUCUAAUUGAUUUUUUUUUAAAAUGUAGACAUCCACGUAUCUACCACCUAGGUAAAGAUACUAGAGAUUCCAGCAACCUGGGAGGAUCCUUCGUGCCCCUUUCAGGUCUAUAUGAGCCUCCACCGUUCCCCAGUCCCCUGGAAGGAGAGUGGGUGCGAGAGGCAACAUGAAACCUAAAAACCAGUGGGGUUCGCGCCUGUAAUCCCAGCUAUUGGGUUGGCUGAGGCAGGAGGAUCACUUGCCCAGGAGUUGGAGGCUGCAGUGAGCUAUGAUCGCGCCACCGCACUCCAGCCUGGGCGACAGAUCAAGACCCCGUCUCUAAGCAAACAAACAAAUAAACACCCCUCAAAACCCAUGGCUUCAGGCCUGGCGCGGUGGCUUACUUCUGUAAUCUCAGCACUUUGGGAGGCCGAGGAGGGCGGAUCACUUGAGGUCAGGAGUUCCAGACCAGACUGGCCAACAUGGCGAAACCCCGUCUCUACUAAAAAAUAAAAAAAAAAAUUGGCCGGGCGCGGUGUCUCACACCUGUAAUUCCAGCACUUUGGGACGCCGAGGCGGGAGGAUCACGCUGUCAAGAAUUCAAGACCAGCCUGACCAACAUAGUGAAACCCUGUCUCUACUAAAAAUACAAAAAAUUAGCCGGGCGUGGUGGCGGGCGCCUGUAAUCCCAGCUACUCAGGAGGCUGAGGCAGGAGAAUCGCUUGAGGCCAGGAGGCGGAGGUUGCAGUGAGCCGAGAUCGCGCCACUGCACUCCUGGGCGACAGAAAGAGACUCCGUCUCAAAAAACAAACAAACAAAAAACACAAAAAUUAACCAAGCGUGGUGGCUCACGCCUGUAAUCCCAGCUACUCGCGAGGCUGAGGCACGAGAAUCUCUGGAACCCGGGAGACGGAGGUUGCAGUGAGCCGAGAUCGCGCCACUGGACUCCAGCCUGGGCGACAGAGCAAGACUCCGUCUCAAAAACGAAACAAAACAAAAGAAAAAAACCUUAGUUUCAGUCCGCACAUUCCCUCAACUCCUAUCGCUGCCUGCAAAUGUUUCGCCAUCUUCUUGGACAAUCCUAAGAGGGCAUUACAGAGGCUUCCGGACACUGUCGUUUUCCUGGGAAGUCCACAGGAACUUUAGCUUGGACGAGAAAGGACUAGAGAAAAAUUUUUGGUCCUUCGGAGCCGCCGUCCAGGCUAGGGCCGCGCAGAGUCGCUUGUCCCUCGGCGGCUGCCGUGCCUCCCUUUACGUGGCAGCUGCGGGAACCCGCCAAUCCACUGCGCCCGCAUCAGCCCCCACUGGUGGCGCAGGCGGAAGGGGCGGAGCUUAGGCGGCGGUAGCUGAGAAGGCAGCGGGGCGGCGGCGGCGGCGGCGGCGGUGGAGGCCGCAGACCGGGUCCUGGCUUCGGCCUCAGCCCCACCAUGGUGACGCUUGCUGAACUGCUGGUGCUCCUGGCCGCUCUCCUGGCCACGGUCUCGGGCUAUUUCGUUAGCAUCGACGCGCAUGCUGAAGAGUGCUUCUUUGAGCGGGUCACCUCGGGCACCAAGAUGGGCCUCAUCUUCGAGGUGGCGGAGGGCGGCUUCCUGGACAUCGACGUGGAGAUUACAGGACCAGAUAACAAAGGAAUUUACAAAGGAGACAGAGAAUCCAGUGGGAAAUACACAUUUGCUGCUCACAUGGACGGAACAUACAAAUUUUGUUUUAGUAACCGGAUGUCCACCAUGACUCCAAAAAUAGUGAUGUUCACCAUUGAUAUUGGGGAGGCUCCAAAAGGACAAGACAUGGAAACAGAAGCUCACCAGAACAAGCUAGAAGAAAUGAUCAAUGAGCUAGCAGUGGCGAUGACAGCUGUAAAGCAUGAACAGGAAUACAUGGAAGUCCGGGAGAGAAUACACAGAGCCAUCAACGACAACACAAACAGCAGAGUGGUCCUUUGGUCCUUCUUUGAAGCUCUUGUUCUAGUUGCCAUGACAUUGGGACAGAUCUACUACCUGAAGAGAUUUUUUGAAGUCCGGAGGGUUGUUUAAAAAGCCUCUUCCUGAUGAUCCCAACUCAGAAUUCACUGUUUACCAAACACCUUGGUCAUAAUAAUGUCAUUAGUUUCUCCAUUUUUAUUUUCUGAACUGUACAUUCACAACUUAUGUUUCUUUGUGAUUAAUAGAUAUUGGGGGAAAAAACGCCUUUUUAGGAAAAUUAUAGUGAAAAUCUAACAGUUGAUUGGCAUAAUUUCUUGUUUGAAUGCUGCCUCCAUUAUAUAGGUCCUUCCAGGAACUCAAACACUGUAAGUGAAAUAUGGGAGUAUAGUUUUUAUUAUUUCUUCUUUUCCUUUUGUUUUCAUAAUAUAAUGCAGUUUGUUCAGGAAAUCAGCACAAAGCCUGAUAGUACUUUACUAAAAUGACUGCAUUCUUUGGAUUCCUUCAGUCUAUGGUUCAAGUCACUAAAGAUUCAUUUUUGUUGAGUCCUUAUGAGAAACAGCAGUAUGAAUCUUGACGGUUUCUGCCCGUCCUAAUGGCAGAGCUCUCUGACUUGGGUGUAUGCUGCCAGGCUGGGUACUUUCAUACUUUGUUUUCUUGUUUUGCUUUAAAACUACGACUCAGCAUACAUUUUCCCGCAUACAUUUUUACAUUGUACCUUAGGACUCAGUCAUCUCCACUUAAAUUGAUGACACAAGCAGCUAAUAACCAUUUUUGGGUUUCUGCCUAACCCCCUAAUUGUCUGUUAAAGCCAAUUCUCUGGGUGUCCCAGUGAGUGGUGGCUUUUUUUCUUUCCACAUUGGCACAUUCACUUCUCCCACUCUUGGCAUGUAAGAAAUAAGCAUUUACAUAAUUGGAAAAAUCCGGAUUUCUGAUGCCAAAGGGUUAAAGCUUCUUGGAUUUCAUUUCAUUGAUAUACAGCCACUAUGUUAUUUUUGAUCAGUGGCCUUUGGGCCACUGUUUGGGGUACUGACCAUCAGUGUCAGCAUUAGGGUUUUGGUUUUUGUUUCUUUUGGGUCUUUCUUUUUUGGCACAUGUGAAUCUUGUUUUGUGUAAAAUGAAAUUACUUUCUCUUGUUCUCUGAUGAUGGAUUUAAAAUUAAAAGAGCAUCUGGUUUUGGUAUGGGGAUGAUCCAGGAUUAUGUUGUGACUGAUACAUACUAGUUACUUGUACUUUUUUUUUUUUUGGAUCUUUGCAAGGGCAAAACUACAAGUAACGAGUUUUAUAUAAUUAAUUUAAAUUUGUUACAGGUUUUCAUGUUCAGGAUAAACCAUACUUCCACCUUGGGUGAGAACACUUGCAACAGUUUAUUAAUGAGGUGACUUUCACCUUAGGACAACUGUUGCAUGCCAAGUUUUUUUUGUGUGUGAAACACUUCAAAACUGAUUUAAAAGAUGUAAAUUUAAAAUUGGUUGUAUCUAAUAUGCCCCAGGUUCGGUAAAUAAACAGUUCUUUUUAAAAA